AUGGGCGACUGGUCGAUUUUAGGUCGUCUUUUAACAGAGGUCCAGAACCACUCAACAGUCAUUGGUAAAAUAUGGCUGACGAUGCUACUCAUUUUCAGAAUUCUCUUAGUAACGUUGGUGGGAGAUGCAAUGUAUGGAGAUGAACAGUCUAAAUUCACCUGCAAUACCCUUCAACCAGGUUGCAACAAUGUAUGCUAUGAUAGCUUUGCCCCUGUCUCACAUCUUAGGUUCUGGAUAUUUCAAAUUGUCCUGGUGUCCACGCCUUCCAUCUUUUAUAUAAUCUACAUCCUCCAUAAAAUUGCUAAAGAUGAAAAAACUGAACUGGAAAAGGCAUAUAUCAUGGAACUUCUUCAAAACUUAUCAAUUGGGGAAAAUAUCCUACCAAGUCCAGAAGCAAGAGAACACCUAGAAGAUAAAGAUAUAUCCAGAAAAGAAGACAGUUUUAGUACAAAUUUUUCUAAUGAUGCCCUCCAAUGUCCUAUUCCAGUGUUUGACAAGAUGCACAUCAUUUACAUUGUUCAUGUGGUCCUCAGGUCAGUUAUGGAAUUGGCAUUCUUAGUUGGACAAUGCUAUCUUUAUGGUUUUGAAGUUCCUCAUCUUUUCCAGUGCCACACUUACCCUUGUCCAACCAAGACUGAUUGCUUUGUCUCCAGGGCUACUGAGAAGACUGUCUUUCUUAACUUUAUGUUUGGAGUUGGACUUGGGUGUUUUAUACUGAACAUUGCUGAGCUGCAUUACUUGGGUUGGUUCUAUGUGUUUCGGACCCUAACAGUUGCCUGUAACAGCUGUUGUGAAUUUAAGAGCAAGAAGAAGAAAGGGCCCAGGGUGCUGCACCCAGAGCAAAAUAACCUGCUUAUCCAUUUGAAAGACACCAUACAAGAACGGUUUGUCCUAAAGACAUCUUCAGGUCUAUCUCCAGAGAGGAUAGGUUUUCUACCUUCUCCACCAACGAGUACAAUAUCAUUCACUAAUGAAGAUAAUGAUGAUACUACCUCAAGACAAAGUCCAGAUAUUAAGCACAGUAAUAAAGCUAAAAUAGCCAAGAUCAAGAAGUCCUGGCUAUGA